CCCUCCGCUCGCUCCUUCCUUCCUUCCUUCCUUCCCUCCUCGCCGCCGCCGCCGCCGCCGCGAUGGGCCACCAGCAGCUCUACUGGAGCCACCCCAGGAAGUUCGGCCAGGGCUCGCGGUCCUGCCGCGUCUGCUCCAACCGCCACGGCCUCAUCCGCAAGUACGGCCUCAACAUGUGCCGCCAGUGCUUCCGCCAGUACGCCAAGGACAUCGGCUUCGUCAAGCUCGACUGACGCCCGCCCGCCGCGGACCCCGAGGGGCGGACUGACCCGACGCGCGCUCUCCGAGAUGCGGGUCCAGUGAAGAGGCUCCUCCACCUGCCCCCCGCCCCCUAUCUCUCUCAAUAAAUGCUAAAACGUG